AUGGCUCUAAGGAUGCUCUGGGCUGGACAGGGCAAGAGGAUCCUGGGAGGCUGGAGGAUCAUCUGCUUGGUGGUGUCUCUGCUCCUGCAGCACCCAGGAGUUAACAGCAAGUGUUACUUCCAAGCUCAAGCUCCCUGCCUCUACGACGGGAAAUACUUCACUCUGGGUGAAUCCUGGCUCCGCAAGGACUGCUUCCAUUGCACCUGUCUGCACCCCGUGGGUGUGGGCUGCUGUGACACGUCUCAGCAUCCCAUUGACUUCCCCGCUGAGUGUGAAGUGCGCCAGGAAGCAGGAACCUGUCGGUUUUCUCUGGUGCAAAAAUCUGACCCUCGGCUGCCCUGCAAAGGGGGAGGACCUGACCUAGAAUGGGGCUCAGCUAACACCCCUGUUCCUAGAGCUCCUGCUCCCCACUCCAGCUAA